AUGGGUAUCGUCCACGUCGAACUCUUUGAGUUCAAGCCCCUGGCGACACAGGAGGAAGUUCAGCAGGUCUGCGACAAAAUGAUGUCUCUCAAAGACCGCUGCAUCCACCCGAAAACGCACAUGCCGUACCUCAAGACGGCGAUAGGAGGAGCGGAUGUUUGUCCUGAGGGGUUGAGGGGCCGCAUCUCCCACGUGUUUGUGAGCGAAUUCGACACACCCGAAGACCGCAAAUUCUACCUGGAGGAGGACCCGGCGUUCCGGGAGGCUGUGGAGAGCAUCGAGGGGAUUGUGGAGAGGAGGCAGGUUGUUGAGUUCAGCCCGGGGGAGUUUUGA